AUGGAAGAAACUUUAUGGGCAUAUAGGAAGACAUAUCGCACACCAACUCAAGCAAUCCCAUAUUCACUUGCUUUUGGAGUUGAAGCAAUCCUAACACUUGAGCGUCAAAUACCUUCUUUAAGACUUGCUAUCCAAGAAUGGCUUAGUGAGGAAGAAAAUUCUCAACUAUGUCUUGCUGAAGUUGCAGCAGCAGCAGGUAGCAGCAAUAGUAGUGGUGGUAGCAGCUGUAGUGGUGGUAGCAGCAGUAGUGCGAGUGGCAACAGCAGUAGUGUGAGUGGCAAUAGUAGUGGGAGUGGCAGUCGUAGGGGCAGUGGCAGUGGUAGCAGUCGUAGUGGUAGCAGGAGCAGGAGCAGCAGCAACAACAGGAGGGAUAUUACAAUAGUAGUAGGAGUAGCAGGAGGAGGAGAAGGAGUAGUAGGAGUAGUAGUAGGAGGAGUAGGAGUAGGAGUAGGAGUAGGAGGAGCAGCAGGAGCAGGAGCAGCAGCAGUAGCAGGAGCAGGAGCAGCGGCAGCAACAUGGCAGGAGCAGCGACGGCAGAAGCAGCAGUAG